UGCGUCACUGAGCUGGCAGUUGUGAGGUGUGGGCUUGCUCAGCUCCUGUCGCUGUGUGACGCUGACCCCAGGAGCAGGAGUGGACAGCAGGACACCGGCAGUCAGGAAUGGCUUCAGUGACUUUUGAGGAUGUGGCUGUGAACUUCAAUGUGGAGGAGUGGGCCUUGCUGGAUCAUUCCCAGAAGCAACUCUACAGAGAAGUGAUGCUGGAAACCUUCAGGAACCUGUCUUUUAUAGGAAUAAAAUGGGAACACCAGAACAUUGAAGAACGAAAGAAAGAUCUGCAGAGAAAUGUCAGAAGUCAAGUGGUGGAGAGAGUCUGUGAAGGUAAAGAAGGAAGUGAAUGUGGAAAAAUCUUCAGCCAGAGUCGAGAAUGUACAAUGAAGAAGGAAAUUCCUUCUAGACUACAACGUCCUGAACCCCGUGUGUAUGGAGAAGUGGCCACUGUUCAUUCAUCCCUUAAGAGACACAGUAGAUCUGAUUCCAAACACCGACUGUGUGACUUUCAGGAAAAUGGGAAUAGCCGCUAUGACUGUCAGAAAUGUGAUAGAACCUUUAGGUGUCCCAGUAGUCUUCAAAGACAUGAAAGGAUUCACACUGGAAAGAAAGUCUAUGAAUGUAAGCAAUGUGGGAAAGCCUUCAGUUCUCGCCACUGGGCUGAGAGACACAUGGUGACUCACAGUGGGGAUCGGCCUUACAAAUGUAAGCUAUGUGGGAAAGGAUUUCCUUAUCCCAAUUCCCUUCGGACUCAUGAAACACUUCACUCUGAAGAGAAACCCUACAAAUGUAAGCAAUGUGGGAAAGCUUUCAGGAAUGGUUGUUCCUUUCGAUUACAUAAAAGAAGUCACACUGGAGAGAGACCCUAUGAAUGUAAGCAGUGUGGUAAGGCCUUCGCCCAUUCCAGUCAUCUUCAAGCACAUGAAAGAAUCCACAGUGGAGUAAGACCCUAUGAAUGUAAGCAGUGUGGUAAAUCAUUCACUUCUCACCACAGUGCUCGACGACACAUGGUAACUCACAGUGGAGACUGGCCUUAUAAAUGUAAAGUGUGUGGGAAAGGAUUUCCUCACGCUUAUUCCCUUCGAAUUCAUGAAGUAGCUCACAUCGAGAAGAAACCCUAUGAAUGUAAACAAUGUGGGAAAACCUUCAAACACUCUAAAUCCUAUCAAAAUCACCAAACAUCUCACACUGGAGGGAAACCUUACGAAUGUACGAUAUGCGGGAAAGCCUUCAGCUGUUCCAGUUACAUUCAAGAUCAUAUGAGAACCCAUGGAGCGAAGUCCUACGAAUGUUGUGAGUGUGGAAAAACAUUCACUUACGCCAAAAGUCUUCGAAGACACAUGAGGACUCACAGUGGUGUUGUCUCCAUUCACAGUACAGAGCAGGCACAGUACCUGGGCUGAGGUGUAAAUGGGACAGGUGUCUUUGCCUCUAUCUAUACAGUCAGUGUUAACACAGCCUAUAUAUGCACCAGAGGUCAAAGUGCUUUUCUUUGGUAAGUAAAGUUUUUCUUAUUCCAUUUUAACGGGGGAAAAUUUAUAGGUGAAUUGAAAUAUAAUUUUAAUAUGCACAAGGUUAGUCAGCUUUGGGGUGAGAGAUGUAACCCACUUGUUCACUGGUUGCCUAGUAAGCCCAAGAUCCUGGGUUUAGUUCCCAGCACCAACAAAAGAAAGAAACAGGUAAACAAAAACCCAUACUAUUAGAUUAAAAUUACUGUCUUUUGAAUGUAACAUUGAAGAAAUGACUCUGUGUUUAUUGUUGAAAUACUGAGAUUGGCUUCAAAUGGCAUAUUUUGACUAUCCCUAACUCUCUUUUCCGUGUUUCAUAAGUGUUCUUAAUAGAAAAAUUUUUAUUGGUCUGGUUUUCUUUUCUCGUCAUGAAGCUUACAGAGUCUUUCAUUCUUAGAAAUGAUUUGCAACACAGAGUAACAUUCCUGUGAAUUCUUAUGGUCCUCUCUUGCCCUUUACUCUUUCUCAUUUAUUGCUGAAUGUUAUUUGGAAUAUUGAUUUUCACUAGAGUGGGACAUCAUUUGUCUGGUUUUCAUAAUGACGGUGUUGGGAGGCUGUGGACUAAUCUUUCCAGAAUCCCUUUUCUUAUGGUGCCAUGUUGAAACUCACCAGUACCCUAAUUUUCAUAACAGUUGGAAGGCAAAAGUGAGGUAGGCAUUCUUCAGGCUCUAUAGUGACCAUGACUUUAGAUUGUCAUUAGCAUCUUGACCAUGCCGACAACUCCUUCUUGGUCUUUUUCCUGAUUCUUUGGCUUGUCAGUCCAGAGAAAGAUGUCAAAUUCCUAAACCCUUUCUCCAGGGCACUACAUAAAUGACCCUUUCUCUACGGCUGAUCUUUGUAGAUUUCCUUAACAUAUUCAAGUUAAAUUGACCUCAGCAACUCUACCAAGGGAAUAACCAAAACUCUAGCCGGAAAAUAGGUCCAUGACAACCAGUCACCAUCCCAAAGUCCAGAAACUCCAACUGCAUCUGCUGGGAGUGAACAGUGAUGACAAACAAAGUGUCCUCUCACCUGAGCUUGUCAUGGUGCAUGCUGGGAGGCUGUUAGAGUGGUCAAAGCUGUUAUAAUCGAAGCCCCAGUGUCAUUGAAAGACUGAGUCAGGGGCUUAGACAACACAUUUGGAGGCAGUGAUGUCUACAGUGAGACCUAAACAAUGUGCCACUGGGAUUCGCUUGGGAAGUACAAGUAGAUGAGAGGUUUCCAGGUAUUGGGGAGUGGCAGUGCAAGGAAUCAGGGAACAGAGGCCCACUGUGUUCAGAGACAAUGGUGUGUCCACUGAGUGUGGCCAUUGGGAACUGCUAGAGCGAGUUUGGGGGACAUGAAGGCAGGCAGGUGGGAAGGCAAGGUCAUGAAUGACCAUCAAGGGCACUUGAACAGGUUAUUCCUAGGGCAGUGAGAAAUGCUAAAUAUUUUUGAAUGCUUGCCACAAGAAAUUGAAUAGUACUUCACCACGUGGUCACAAUCAUGGAUCUUUGACUUAUUUCCUAUUUGGGGCUCACAUAAGUAUCUGGUAUAUAAUCUUCAUAGGUCCUCACAUUGCAGUGUAACAGUAGGGAUAUAGCGGAGGCCUCCACCAACUUAGAGGACAUACUUCCAAUUUUCCAAAGUGAUGGAUUGAUUUUAAGCAUGAGUAUGCAGCCAUGUUGCUGUGUGUACAGAGUUCUCCCUGGCUACUGGAAAGAGGAUAUAGAGGUUUUGGGGAAGCCCAGCAUGUUCUGUGGUGGGUGUUGGCUUCCAGAAUGGGGUGAGUAGUCAGAUUUAAGACUGACUCCAGUGACUGGACAGAUAUUUUUUCAUAUUGCACAGAAGAGUGUAAAAGUGAGCUGUUUAUCCAGGCCACUUCUCACACUAAGCAUGUGGAUUGUUUCCACAGUGACACUCACAGCUAUCCACAGUGGACUGUUUCCAACAUUUCCACUGAAUUCUGAUACUAGCUGGAGAUAGUUUCUCAUUCUAAAGGUUUUGGGCUCACCCCCAGGAUGACACC